AUGUCUUAUCCAUUUGAGUUGAACUCUCAACUGGUUCCUAAUGAACAACAAAAGACAACUCUUUGGAUGGGAGAGCUUGAGCAGUGGCAAGACGAAGUCUAUAUUCAGCAGCUAUGGUUCAAUCUAAACGAAAAAGUGAUGGUUAAAGUAAUCCGAGACAAGGUGACAGGUGUCAGUGCUGGCUACGCCUUUGUUGAUUUUGGUACUGCGGCGGCUGCUAGAAGAGUCAUGAACAACUACAACGGCGUGCUGAUGCCAAACUCGCUCAAACCAUUCAAACUGAAUUGGGCAUCAGGCGGAGGCUUGAUCGACAGAAGAGAGGACAGACAGCCUGAAUACUCCAUCUUUGUGGGCGAUUUGAGCCCUGAAACGACAGAGAUGGAUCUUUUAGUAGUGUUUCAAUCACGAUACAUGUCUUGCAAGUCUGCCAAGAUCAUGACAGACCCCAGAACAGGUAUGACCCGUGGGUAUGGCUUUGUUCGUUUUGCAGAGCAGUUGGAUCAGCAAAGAGCUUUGAUUGAAAUGCAAGGCUACUUUAUCGGCUCUCGUGCCAUCCGUGUUUCUGUUGCAACACCAAAGAACAGAUCUUCUCUGCAACAGCAGCAGCAACCACAGCUACAGCCCUUGUUGCAAUCACAAUCGCAGCAGCAACCACAGCUACAGCCCUUGUUGCAAUCACAAUCGCAGCAGCUGCAAUUGCUUCAACAGUUACAACUCCAACAAUUGCAACAACAACAACAACAACAUCAUCAUCAUCAUCAACAUCAUCACCAACAACAACAAACAUUUGUAAGCACGGCUGUUUCAACUCCAUCUUCUUGUUCACUCUUGACUUCUCCCAACAAAUCACCUUUAUUGCAACACCUUCAAUCGCCUUUGAUCAAACAAGAUUUGAUGCCCAUGAAUCAGCAAAGCAAUACAACUGUGUUUGUGGGUGGAUUGUCUGCCCCCAUUCGUGAGGAAGAGUUGCGCCAAUAUUUUCAGCAUUUUGGAGAGAUUGUUUAUGUCAAGAUUCCUCCUGGAAAGGGGUGUGGAUUUGUUCAGUAUGUGUCUCGUUCGAGUGCUGAAUUAGCGAUUCAGCAGAUGAAUGGAUACCAGAUUGGUAAUUCUCGUAUUCGUCUAUCUUGGGGUAGAUCUCAGAAUGAAAAAUCUACUGGCAGUGGUUCCAUCAACACGACUCCUUCCUCUGUUGGCUCACCUCCUCCCAUGAAAUUACCUCACCCUGCUGCCAUGUACAAUCCUGGCUAUGCUACGUUCUCCUCUCCUUUUAUGCCCUUGACUCAACAACAGCAACAGCAGCAGCAGCAGCAGUUACCUCAGCCAUCUUCAUUCCAACCUAUUCAUCUGCAAGAACAACAACAGCAUACUUAUCCUGCUGAUUUCAAAUUCUUGUCAACUGAUAGUUUGCUGGACGCCACUGCAGAUGACCUGUUUAGCUCUGUCACUCGAUCACUGUUGGAUACCACUGAACAAGAUAGAAAGCUUCUUCAGCACCAUCAACAACAACAUCAUCUUCAUCUUCCUCACAAUCCACAACAGCAACAACAGCAACAACAACAAACACAACAACAAAAUGUUGAUUGGAGGUUGAAUCAAAUCUAUGCACAAUAA